AUGGUUGAUAGAUCCUUGUCUGCUAGGGAGGCUGUUAUUCACUUACUUAAGUUUCAUAUUUCACAAGCACAACAGAGAAUGAGGGAUACUGCCAAUAAACACAGAUCUGAUAGAUGCUUUGAGGUUGGUGAUUGGGUUUAUUUGAAACUUCAGCCCUAUAGACAGAUUUUUGUGGCUGAAAGACCUUUCAAUAAGCUUGCAGCUAAAUACUAUGGUCCAUGCCCUAUUGAUGCUAAGGUUGGGGUUGUGGCUUACAAACUACUACUACCUGCUGAUGUGAUGAUUCAUCCUACUUUCCAUGUUUCCCAAUUGAAUAAGUGCAGAGAAGUCCCUACUAUUAUAAACUAUCUUCCAGUAUUUCAUCUUUCUAGUCCUUAUUGUCAUAAUCCUGAGGCUAUAUUGGAAAGGAGGCUAGUUAAGAAGGGUAAUAAGGCUGUCAGUCAAGUUUUGGUGAAAUAG